UACUAUGAAUGAAUGUUAUGUGAUACUAAAUUUGGUGUAUAAAUUUGGAAUAUAGCGGUAGAAUAAUUGUAUAGCUGCAAUGGCCGUCCUUGUUCUUCUUUCUUUACUCCUACUACCUAUCUUCAUUCUCUUCAUAAUCCACACACACAAAAGAAACAGCGCCGCAAGAGCACCUCUUCCACCGGGACCUCCACCUCUUCCUCUCAUCGGCAACCUCCACCACCUCGACCAAUCAGCCCCACAUCGCUGCCUAUGGCGUCUCUCCAAACUCUACGGUCCCCUCAUGUCGCUGCGCGUCGGCACCGUACCAACCGUGGUAGUUUCCUCAGCCAAAAUCGCCAAACAAAUUCUGAAAACCCACGACCAAAACUUCGCGAGCAGGCCAUCCUUCGUGGGCCAGAGAAAACUCUCCUACAACGGGCUGGACUUGGGCUUCGCUCCGUACGGCCCAAGCUGGAGAGAACUCAAGAAGCUCUGCAUCAUCCACCUCUUCAGUCAGCAGCGCGUGCAGUCCUUUCGCCCCAUUCGAGAACACGAGGUCGCGCAAAUGGUUCGGCGGCUUUCGCAGCUGCACGAGGAGGCUUACGUGAACCUCACCGAAACGGCGAUGUCGUUGAACAACUCUCUCAUAUGCAGAAUCGCGUUAGGGAAAAAGUACGGUCGCGAGUACGAGGAAGUUGUUAACCGGAGGAGCAGGUUGCAGGUUAUGCUCAACGAGGCGCAGGCGGUGCUCGGGGAGUUUUACUUUUCGGAUUAUUUCCCGUUCUUGGGGUGGGUUGAUAGACUCAGGGGAAUUCUGUCGCGGCUUGAUAAGACUUUCGAGGAGUUGGAUGUGUUCUACGAACGCGUUAUCCACGACCACAUGGAUUCCGCCAAGGGUGGAAAAACUAAUGACAAAGAAGUGCCGGAUAUCAUUGAUAUCUUUCUACAAUUACUUGAUAAUCACUCGCUCUCGUUUCAUCUCACUCUCGAUCACAUAAAGGCCGUGCUUAUGAACAUCUUUAUAGCGGGAACGGAUCCGCCUUCAGCGACAUUAGUUUGGGCUAUGAAUGCACUGAUGAAGAAUCCCAACGUGAUGAGCAAGGUUCAAGGGGAAGUGAGAGAUCUAUUCGGGCACAAAGAUUUUAUAAACGAAGAGGAUGUUGAAAAGCUUCCUUAUCUAAAAGCAGUGGUGAAGGAGACACUGAGACUCUUUCCACCGUCACCGUUACUUUUGCCUAGGGAAACGAUGGAACGUUGCAACAUAGAAGGGUACGAAAUUGAACAGAAAACCGUAGUGCAUGUUAACGUGUGGGCCAUAGGAAGGGACCCCGAGUAUUGGGAAAAGGCAGAGGAGUUUUGGCCCGAAAGGUUCCUUGGGAACUCGAUGGAGUUAAAGGGGAAGGAGUUUGAGGUGAUUCCGUUUGGGUCUGGACGGAGAAUGUGUCCAGCGAAGCACAUGGGAAUGGUCAACGUUGAGCUUUCGCUGGCGAAUCUCGUCCACACGUUUGAUUGGGAAGUGGCUGAAGGGGUUAACAAGGAAGAGAUGUUGGACACGGAAGUAAAACCGGGAGUGACUAUGCACAAGAAAAAUGAUCUUUUCCUUCUGGCAAAGAAGUGGAAAACGUAGCACAUUCACUGUCACAUCUAUCCAUGAGUAUAUUAUUUGUAUGCCCACAAGUUUGUAUUGUUUUUUUAUGUCACUUGAUAAUAAUUAAUAGCGGAGGUUUAGUAAAUUAGCCUAUUCUUUUU